CCUUAAACAAGCAAAGCAGAAAUUAAAAAAAAAAAAAAAAUGGAAAAAAAAAAAUGGAGGGAAAUCGUCGGACCUCAAAAAGACACCGGGAUUUGAUUGGAAAGAUCAGAGAUUUCACUAGAUCACUGUUGAGAGAUCUGAGCCAGGGACGAUCGCCCACUAUUUAUAUCGACAAUUUCAGAAACUACUGCACCAAUCUCCAAGCCAACUGCCACUGCAGCUCCGAUUUGCCGAAGGGGAAAGAAAUUCUCACGAUUAAAAGAGAAUGCGGCGUCCGUAGAAUCGAUGUUUUGCUACGAGUUCUACUCAUUGUUCAGCAGCUUCUGCAAGAGAAUAAACAUGUGUCUAAGAGAGAUAUAUAUUAUAUGCACCCAUCUGUUUUUUCAGAUCAGUCAAUUGUUGACCAGGCAAUCAAUGACAUAUGCAUCCUUCUGCAUUGCAGUCGCCACAACCUAAAUGUGGUCUCAGUUGGAAAUGGGUUGGUGAUGGGUUGGCUGCGAUUUUUGGAAGGUGGAAGGAAGUUUGAUUGCAUAAACUGUCCUAGCAAUGUGCAUCCCAUUCCAGUGCAUGUUGAGGAAGUCAAAGAUAUUAUUAGUGUUGCUGAAUACAUACUGGUCGUGGAGAAGGAAUCAGUAUUCCAGCGUUUAGCAAAUGACAGGUUCUGCAAUUCAAACCGCUGUGUUAUCAUAACCGGAAGAGGAUAUCCAGAUAUUCCCACGAGAAGGUUCUUGCGACUCCUCCUUGAGAAGUUGUGUCUGCCUGUCUAUUGCUUAGUCGACUGUGAUCCAUAUGGUGUUGACAUUUUGACCACCUAUCGAUUUGGUUCUCUGCAAAUGGCCUAUGAUGUCAAAUUUCUGCGAGUCCCUGAGAUACGCUGGCUUGGAGCUUUUCCUUCUGAUUCUGAGGCAUAUAGCUUACCUCAACAUUGUCUUCUUCCUUUGACUGCUGAAGAUAAGAGAAGAACUGAAUCCAUGUUGCUCAGAUGCUACCUGCAAAGAGAAGUACCACAGUGGAGGUUGCAACUAGAAAAAAUGCUGCAGAGAGGAGUGAAAUUUGAGAUUGAAGCAUUAUCUGUCCACUCACUCUCCUUCUUGUCGGAGCAGUAUAUACCCUCAAAGAUUCAAGGUGGACUUCACAUUUAACAAUAACAUGCUCAAGAGUUGAAAAAUAUGAACCAUUUGAUGCAAAGAACUGUACUAGAUGCGCAUAAUGAGUGAUAUUUCAUUGAACAUUGCUUUUACUUUUAUUUUUUUAAAUGUUGUUUAUAUGAAGUUUAUACUAAAUCAAUUAAAGGCUCAUCUUGUGAUAAUUGAGCUCAGUAGCUCAAACCACUAAUAGCAUAGGCCGGCCGUCUCUAUGCUUUCGCUGAGAUAGCGUUCAAAGACUCUGUGCAGUGAUGGCUUAACAAAAAACAUAGGGUUUCCCUGCUGGAGAGAACGCGAUGAUUGCGGCUUCUACACCACAUAAAUUGCAAACCUCGGCGGCUUUUUGAAAAGACCGUGGCGUCGCUUUUAGAAGGCCACCAUUAGGUUGGCUGUGUCUUGGAUUUCUUUGAUUUCAACUCUUCUCCGCCCUAGACAGCCUCUUCUCCGGGAUUGCCCUGCCGUCGAGUUAGUGGUUUCCAUUGGUUGCAAAAUUAGAGGGAUUACCGAUUGACACAUAAGCAAAUCAAUCUAAUAAAGGACUGUGUUUAUAUGCAUAGAGAGAGAAGCCGAGCUUCGAUUUCCUUCACGAGAAUUAAACAUUAAUCCAGUGGACGACAAAAAAAUUUCCGCUCUUAAACGGCACGCGCCGUGACGAUAAUGAAAAAUUGAUCCAUUGAAUGACAAAAGAAAAAACAAAAAAAAAAAAAAAAAAA